AUGGAGUUAAGAAAUAGAAGUAUUCGUAAAGGACCGCUUCCCGAGGGUGAACGUCGGGGCACGCCUGGAGCCGGUGCUGGGCGUUUCAGCAUGCGAACCACCGGUGGCGAGGGUUUACCUGGACGGCCCUCUGCCGGGUCUCCUGAACAAUGCGAGUCCAGCGCAUCAUCAGUACUAACAUCGUCUGAUGAAUACAAGUGCGAUAGUAGAGCAGUCUCUCCGGCCUCGGAUGUUUCACGGGCGGCAAGGGCCACUCAACCUGUGACCACCAAAGCUGGUAAACCUAGAGUACGCAUGAAAUGGGAUGAAGAAAUAAAUACUUUCAUUAUGCGUACUUACUUUUACAUUACCAAAUUAGAAACCGAUCGCACUAUGUACGUUAAGAAAUUAUUUGACCAAUUUAAAUUAAAAUAUCCUCAUUUAAAUAUCACAUCUCAACGUAUUGCAGACCAGAGACGAGUAAUAAUAAGAAAUAAAUUAUUAUCUGAUGAACAAAUUAAAAGUAUAAAACAACAAGUAGCUAUAAUAAUUGAAAACGAGGAAGCUGGGAAUAAUAUUUCGGGCUCACAUUCAGAUACAAGAGACACCGAUCAUUUGACAGCGGGUAAUUCAAAUCACAUUUUUAACCUUCGUCAGACAUCUCCACCCCCUUCUUUAUUCGAAACUCAAUCAACUACCUUAACAUUCAAUUCUGCAACACAAACUGUAGCAAGGAGCUGCACGGCUCAAACUAGUAUUUUUAGCGUUUCACAUUCCGCUGAAAUAAAUCUCCCAGAUGAUGGUACCGUACAGAAGUUAACCGACGAACUGCAAACUAAUCUUGCUUUGUAUACUGGUACUGACCCUAGCAUAAGACCAAAAGUACCGCGAUUAAAAGAAAAUAAGAGGCUAUAUAGUUUACUAAACAUUUUCAAUAGUCAUAUAUUACCGAAAUUCUAUAGUAUUGAUUCAGAGUUACUACAUAUUCAUACCCUCAUAUAUUGCUCAGCUUUAGUUAUCUCAAAACGAUUAGGAUACAAAAUUUCAAACAGCCCCUUAAAAAAACGAAAUUCAUUUAACAAUAAACCGGCUUGGCAAAUCAGAUUAGAAAUAGAUAUAUCUAUCUUGCGUGCUGAUGUGGCCAGAUUAACACAAUUCAUCAACAAUAAUAGACAUCCUAGAUUAGUAAAGAAAAUUGAUUUAAUAUUUGAUAAAUAUAAGGUUCAUUCAACUCAUGAUAAAAAUAAUAUUAGACAAAAUGAAUUUUUAGAUACUCUAAAACAAAAACUUGCACUUAAAACCCAAAGACUAGCUAGAUACAAAAAAUCCCUACAAAGAAAAGAAGACAAUAGACUAUUUCAGACUAAUGAAAAAGUAUUUUAUAGAUCACUCAAACAUAAUGCAAGUAAUGUAUCCAAUGAGCCCAAGGAAGUUCCAACUGAAGAAGAACUCAAAAACUACUGGACUGACAUAUGGAAGAAAAAUAAAGAACAUAAUGAGCAGGCAAGUUGGGUCAAAGAAGAAAAGAACAAAGCAGAAACCAUUGAAUCGAUGAAAUUCACAGAAGUUACAAAAUUAGAGGUAGAACAUAUUACCAAAAGAAUGAAAAACUGGAAAGCUGCUGGAAACGAUAAUAUUCACAACUUUUGGUAUAAAAAGUUUUCGGCACUCCACGAUAUUUUAGCGAAAAUUAUUACAGAUAUAUUAAAAGGCGCGUCAGAGAUCCCAUCAUUUGUAACCGUAGGUAUUACUUACAUGAUUCCCAAAAGUGAUAAUACAGCAGAUCCCUCACAGUACCGACCAAUUACGUGUCUCCCAACUAUAUACAAACUAAUCACCUCUUGUAUAACACUAAAAAUUAAUACGCAUUUAACACAUAACAAAGUUUUAGCGGAGGAACAAAAAGGAUGCAGACAGAAUCACAGAGGAUGCAAAGAACAACUCAUUAUCGAUUCAACAGUGAUAAAACACGCUACUACUCACAACCGUAAUCUUAGUCUAACAUAUAUUGACUAUAAAAAAGCAUUCGACAGUGUACCACACUCUUGGCUAAUACGAGUUUUGCAAAUUUAUAAAAUCAACCCGGAUAUUAUUUCUUACCUGAAAGGAGUUAUGAGCAAAUGGAAAACUAAACUACACCUUAAUGACGGCACUAAAACUAUAGUCACAGAAGAUAUACCAAUCGCUAAUGGCAUUUUUCAGGGAGAUUCAUUGAGCCCACUGUGGUUCUGUCUGACUCUUAACCCUUUAUCUUCUUUGCUCAACAAAAACAAUCAUGGGUAUAAAUUAACUAAAGACACCUAUGUCAAUCAUUUAAUGUAUAUGGAUGAUAUAAAGCUUUUUGCCAAAUCAGAAAAAGAAAUGAAUACCCUCAUAAAAAUUACAGCUGAGUACAGUAAAGAUAUAAACAUGACCUUCGGUUUAGAUAAAUGCAAAACACUUAAACUUCAUAAAGGUAGAGUCGACAGUAAUACAGAAAGUCAAUACGAUAUGUUUACAUUGAUGGACGAAAAUGAUACAUAUAAAUAUCUAGGUUUACGUGAAGGAAGAUGUAUGCAGCAUACUGCUAUUAAAAAGGACCUCAGUAAUGAAUAUUUCCGCAGGUUGAAUCUAAUUUGUAAAAAGCAACUUAAUUCUAGAAAUUUAUUCAAAGCUAUUAACACUUUUGCCAUCCCAAUACUUACCUAUUCUUUCGGAGUUAUUAAAUGGUCAUCCACAGAUAUACGAAAUCUGGAAAUCAAAACUAGGACUACAAUGACUAAACACAAAUAUUUGCAUCCUAAAUCGGCAAUUGAACGACUUACGAUAAAGAGAGCCAUAGGGGGUAGGAGUCUGAUCGAUCUUAAAAGGCUAUGGGAAGGGCAAAUCAAAAACUUGCAAUCUUUCUAUUAUGAAAAAUCAGCUAACAGCCCGUUACAUAAAGCAGUUAUUGAAUCCGAUAUCAAUUAUACCCCUCUUAAUUUAAGUAAUCAAGACAAAAGAUCUACUACAGUAAUUGACCAUGAAAAAGAAAAGUUAUCAAAGUGGCGUAGUAAAGAAUUACAUGGUAGACAUGCACACGAUUUAGAACAACCCCACGUCGACUUACUGGCUUCAAAUAAAUGGUUAAAACUAGGUUCUCUUUUUCCUGAAACUGAAGGUUUUCUUAUUGCUAUUCAGGAUCAACUAAUCAAUACAAGAAACUAUAAAAAAUAUAUAUUAAAAGACCCAAACAUGCAGAACGAUAGCUGUAGAAAAUGUCACCGCCUACCCGAAACUAUACAACAUAUCACCAGUGCUUGUCCUAGCCUAGCACAAACUGAUUACACCCACCGGCAUAACCAGGUUGCUAAUUACGUUCAUCAAAAGCUUGCAAAUAAAUACAAUUUAAUCCCGAACCAACUACUAUUGCCAUACUAUCAAUAUACCCCUAAACCUGUUCUGGAGAGCGACAGUCACAGAAUGUACUUUGAUAGAGCUAUUCUUACCGAUAAAACGAUUCAUUACAAUAGACCGGAUAUAACUUUAAUUGACAAAUUAAAUAAAAUAGUAUACCUAAUUGAUAUAGCAAUCCCAAAUACCCAUAAUCUACAAAAAACCAUUACUGAAAAAAUUCUUAAAUACACAGAACUAAAAGAAGAAGUAACUAGAAUCUGGAAAAUGAACAAAGUAUACAUUGUGCCGCUGGUGCUCUCCAGUACUGGUGUGAUCCCGAAAUGUUUGCCCCACUCCCUUAAACUAUUAGAUCUUCCUGAAAAUAGCUAUAUUACCAUGCAAAAAGCAGCCAUCCUCAACACUUGUCGUAUAGUCCGAAAAUUUUUGCAAGAAGACAUCUCAAAUUUUGAUUCCCAAAGGGACGCGCACUUGGCUUAG